CGAAAUCUGGCUUUCCUGCAUCCCUUUUCUUCCCUCUUUCUUUUGCACGGCCGCCGAUGCCGGGUUACGUCGUGAUUGGACACAUCCAAAACAGACUACUAGGUCAAUUGUGAGGAAUUCGAGGAGAGGGUCCGUCACUUGCGAUGCUUUUUGAGAAGAACAACCAUUCGGUUCUUGCUCUUUCCCAUCUUUCAGCCCCUUGCGGACGAUAACCUAGCAAUUCACGCGGAGACCUGAGAGAGCGAGCAAGCUUCAUCCCGCCACUUCGGCUCCACGGGCCAUCCGGGUCUCCACUUCCCCAGAUUCCAAUCCGAAGGCGGCCAAGGGAACCUCCAUUCACUUGUGGUUGAUGUACCUGCAGUCAACCACGUCUCAGGUCCACCAUUGACGAUAGGAUUUGGACGGAUUUUUGCAUGCGGGCCUCUGGUCGUUCGACAGGUCAACCUCCCCCGGGUACCUGAUACCGAUCGCAAUCUCGACCCGAUCUAUCACUGGCCAUUGAUGUACUUUACCGAACUGAAGAACAGUUCGACCACAGACCGGGAAACAUCACUUCAUAGCCAUCGACAGGAACCGUCACCAUGGUCAUCACCCCGGAAGACACGGAGUCGAUCGUCGUCAUCGAGCGCGUCUGCUCCGCCCUGUCGCUUUUAGGUGGUCUCUUCGUCAUCACCAGCUUCUCUGUUUCGGAUGCUUUCCGACAGCGUGCUAUCAACCGCAUGGUUUUCUUUGCUACUUUCGGAAACAUCCUCACCAACGUGGCUACACUAAUGACUACGGCAUUUACGGACGAUAUCAACUCGUUUGGAUGUCAAUUUCAAGGAUUUUUGGUUCAGGUCUUCAUGCAAGGCGAUGCUUUCUGGGCUCUGGCAAUGGCCAUCAACGUGUAUCUCACCUUUUACCACCACUUCGACGGAAGAGCUCUGAGAAAGAUGGAGAUUCCGUACUUCCUCUUCUGCUACGGCGUCCCGUUCAUUUCCGGUUUCACCUUCAUCUUUAUCAGGCAACACGGCGAGAGGCCAUAUGGCAACGCAAUCCUCUGGUGCUGGCUGAGCAAAAAAUGGGAAGUCUACCGUAUUGCCACGUUUUAUGUGCCCGUCUGGCUCUGUAUCACGGUAGCAACCACCAUCUACGUCCGUGCCGGCCGUGACAUAUACAAGAAGCAUCGUAGUAUGAGCAAGCUCGGCUCCAGCUCCAACGGCGGUACCCUCGUCGACAUGUUUGCUCCAGCCUACAACUACAAGACCACCAAAGUCACCCAAACCACUGAGAUCAUCUCCCCUCCGUCGACCAGCAACGGCUACGCUGCCAACAGAGACGUAAUAUUCCCACACACCCCGAUUCCCCUCGCCGACGACGCCAAGGUCCCCGCUUCGUGCUCCGUAACCGUCACCAUUUCCUCCGACAACCAUCACCACUCAUCAAACAAGCGCAGCUCCCACCCCCAAACCGACAUCACCACCAAUCGUCCCCACAGCGGCGGUAUAACCGGCACAAUAACAACCACAACAUCAACAAUCGACGACGACAACAACAACAACAACAACAACAACAACAACGAGCGAACCAUUGUGCACAUCUCAGCCGGCAACAGCUCGGGAACGGCAGCCAACAUGCAAGCCCGAGCCCAGCGCCGCCUUGUUCACGAAGCCCACAAUGCCGUUUGGUCCUACACCAAAUGCGCCAUUCUCUUCUUUGCCGUCUUGCUCAUCACCUGGAUCCCGUCCUCGGGCAACCGUGUGUACACCAUGAUCAACAACGGAGAAGUUUCCAAGCCUCUCUUCUUCGCCAGUGCCUUCGUCUUGCCGUUGCAAGGGUUUUGGAACGCCAUCAUCUACGUGGUCACGUCGUGGGCGGCGUGCAAGGAGUUGGGCGCCGAGGUGGCCGAGGUGUUUGACGUGGUGAAGUACAGGUGCAUGGGCUGCUGUGUGGGAAAUAGUAGGGGUAACAAGAAGAGAGAUGAUGAUGAUGGAAUCAUUCUGGAAAGCACCAGGAUGUCAGCUAGGCGAGGGGAUUCCAAUCGCCGGAGGUCGGGAGGUGGAGGGGCAGCGGGAAGUAGUAGUUGGGCGGCAACGAUGGCGAGAGCGAAGGCGCAGGAAAUGGAGAUUGAUACGACUAGUAUGGAGGAUCUGACGGGCAAUGGGGCGAGGAUGGAGAGGGUAUCGCCUGUAUGAGAAGGGGAAAAAACGAAAGAUAGUCGCCUAUGUGUUUAAUUGCUGUUGGGGUAUGGAUCGUUGCCAUGACUUGAUGGACGAUUCAGGAUGACGGACAACGUGUACAUCCUAUGCUAUUCUUUGAGGUUCUUUGCUGUUAGCGUCGGCGAACAAGGUCUAAUUUGAUGAUACCCUGCA